CGUGGCCUAAAGGAACUAGAACUAAUUUGGGCUUCUCUUUCCUGCUUUCCUAGUCUCAACCUUCAGUUCCGAGGACUGAAACCGUCGCAAAUUGAAGCUCUGGCACUGGCAGCACAUGCCGAUGAUCCGGUUUUUGUUUUGAUUUGAUUCCCUCAAGCUACUGCGGUUUAAGGUUUAGUUGGUUGUGCUGAAUCAUUUUGGAAAUCGAACGAAAGCCUCAGUUCUUCUGUUGAUUAGCUUGUUUUUGGCUAAUAAUGGGGCUUCUCACCAUCAUCCGGAAAAUCAAGAGAAAAGAGAAGGAAAUGCGUAUACUGAUGGUGGGCCUUGAUAAUUCUGGAAAGACAACAAUUGUUUUGAAGAUAAAUGGGGAAGAUACUAGUGUUAUCAGUCCUACACUUGGUUUUAACAUCAAAACCAUAACUUACCAAAAGUACACCUUAAAUAUAUGGGAUGUUGGGGGCCAAAGAACUAUAAGAUCAUAUUGGAGGAACUACUUUGAGCAAACUGAUGGCUUAGUUUGGGUAGUUGACAGUUCUGAUCUUAGACGGUUAGAUGAUUGCAAAAUGGAACUCGAUAAUCUUUUGAAGGAAGAGAGGCUUUCUGGAGCAUCUUUGCUAAUACUAGCAAAUAAGCAAGACCUAAAAGGUGCUCUUACACCAGAUGAAAUUGCUAAGGUACUAAACCUGGAGAAUAUGGACAAAACCAGGCAUUGGAAAAUCGUGGGCUGUAGCGCAUACACAGGGGAGGGGCUGCUUGAAGGAUUUGAUUGGUUGGUUCAGGACAUUGCCUCUCGAAUAUAUAUGCUCGACUAAUUCUUCUGUUAAUCAUUAUACCAGAGAGAAAUUCUCGAUUGCAUGUGAUGAUAGUUAAACGGAGAUUUUCCCCCAAAUGGCCCAUAUUUGUGUGUUGUCAGAAUUUGGCCAUCUACUUGGUUGGUUCAUAGUCUUUCUUUCUUAAAUCAAUGGCAGAAAAAUCUAUAGUCCGUGCACUUUUUCAAUGGAAAAUUCUUGCAUAAACCAUAUCUGCAAAACUCAAAGGCAUAACUAUGUGAAACUUUAUGAUUUUUAUGUGGAUCAUAUUAUAAACUUAUGUCUUCCUCUA